UGUCAAUCGUCAACAGCUGGGAGCCAGAGGUUAAUUUUACAUUGCAUUAAAAAACAAAACCAAAUAAUUCUAAUCAUUGUUCAUUUAAUUUUGCCUAAUAAUAUGACAAUCAUUUCAAAAUUUUUGCCAACUGUUCGAAUCAUUAGAACGGUUGAGUUUUCUCCUGCAAUAACACAAGUGACUAAAUUUGGAUACAGCCGAUGUUAUUCAACAGAUAAGGACACAAGUUUGGCGAAAAGUAAAGAAAGAGCGGAAGUUUCCACAGAUGUGCGACCCAUUGGAGAAAAGAUUAAAGAAACGACAAAGACCGUAUCCUAUACUGGAGUAAUUUUGCUCGGUGUUGGAGUUACUGGCAUUAUAUUUUACUAUGUCUUCAGAGAGCUAUUUUCAAGUAAUAGCGCCAAUAGCAUUUAUUCAACAGCUCUCGAAAAGUGUAAAAAUGACCCUAGGGUGGAAGAUGCCUUAGGUGCACCAAUAAAAGGAUAUGGAGAAGAAACAUCUCGCAGGCGGAGGACUCAUGUCAGUCAUGCUGUGUAUGAAAAGGAUGGAGUCAAACACAUGAGAAUGAAAUUUUACAUCAAAGGCAUUAGGAAUAAAGCUGUAGUUGAAUUGGACAUGAAGCAGAAUGAUUAUGGAAAUUAUAUGUGCCGGUACUUGUUGGUCCAACUCGAUGACUACAGUGGAAAAACAUUUAUUAUUGAAGAUAAUAGAGCUGAGCUGGACACACAAACUAAAUUUGGAGGGGCCCUGCCAACUCUAACGCUCAGUCAGUAAUGUUAGUGUGAAAAACUGUAUGUAUAAUUUGUAAAUUGAAUCUUAGAUAAGUAGUAAUUAUUAAAUUGUUAUUUAGUUAAA